CCUUCCUCUCGGAUAUACCAAUGAUGCACACAUUGAAAACCAAUUGAUUUAUCGGUUGGUAGCGGCCAGACAACCGUAGGGAUGUGGUAUCCACAGAUAGCGGGUUUAAUUCAGUCCCGACUUGUCUACUAACUCCAUCUCACAUAUAUAAUACAAUUAGUCUGGUUUCAUUGUUAUAGUGAGCCUUUAGCUUAUCAAUAUUGGUUGGUUUUUUCUUCUUAAUUUGGUAUGUGGCGCCUGUUCUUGUUUCUGAGACUGCAUUUAUUGGGUUGGUUGAGUGUGAAGGCUUUAUCCUUCCUCUUGUAUAUACCAAUGAUGCACACAUUGAAAACCAAUUGAUUUAUCGGUUGGUAGCGGCCAGACAACCGUAGGGAUGUGGUAUCCACAGAUAACGGGUUUAAUUCAGUCCCGAUUUGUCUACUAACUCCAUCUCACAUAUACAGUGCGUUUCAUCAAAGUUUAGUCUGUUUUCAUUGUUAUUCUGUUUUGAUUAAAUGAGAGCUUUUAGCUUAUCUGUAAGGGAAGGGAACAUAGUAAUCGGAUCGUAAAGGGGAAUGAUAAGUUGUGUGGAUGGCCAAGACAUGGAGAUAACUGAAAUUUGAGCCAUAUUUGGAACUGUACUAGUGUCUUAUUGUGGUUAUUGAAUGGCUCUAUUUCAUGGACAUUAUCCAUAUCUCUUUUGCAUUGAAACUGUUGAUAUAUUAUUUCUCUCUUUACAAUCACGUGCCUGUUCUAAGAGAUCCGCUAGCCUUUUUACUACGCCAAAGUAGUGAUUCUACACUGACCGUGGGAAUUCCCGAGGCAAAUCCCGUGUGAGAAUCCAAGGGAUUUGAAGUGGUCCAACUCCCUCUCUCACAUGGGAUUUUCCACCGGAUUUCCCACGGUAAGUUAAUCAUUUCUGAUGCUAAAAAUUCACAGAACAACACUUGCCUGUACAAAAAUAGUUAAAGUCUUUGUUGUUAAAUUUUACGUUUUCGCAUGCAAAAUAUAGUCUUUAUUUAUAAGGCUUCCAGUACAAUUCGGGUGGGUAAUCUUAAACACCACCAUAUAUCUGGUUUGUACUGUAGUGUAGUCCUUAUUUCAUAAGGUCUAUGCAAAUGGGAGCUGCCUGGUGUGUUUGAGGUAUAGUAGGAUAGCAUUUGAAAGAGCUACAUGUGCUCAUGACUAUUGGUUAACAUAGAUUCUGGUAAUGUUGAGGUUUUCUUUUUCUAAUUGUGUUGUUGCUGCCUGCUUAAUAUUGGGGUUAUGUUAGAUUUCUAUUAGCAUGACUAGGGUUUUGUGAUUUGAUUUAUGUAAAUGAUUUUGACAUGUUCUAGACGUGAUUACCUAGGUAUUAAUUUUUCCGAAAUAAUGUAUAGAUGGGGUUUAGGCUUCAGAAUCUAGAAUAGUCUCUGUUAAUUGAGUGUUGAUAUCACGGAUUUAAACAGAUCAAUUAGGGCAUUAAAGUGACUGAACUUGGUCUAUACUGCUUAAGACUAUGACUCAUGGUGGUAGGAUAAUUAGAAACAGUUUCAUUAUGUUUUUUUCUUCCUAUUUAUGGCCAUCAAGUAUUAUUAAUAUCAUUUGUGACUUAAUUUGGUAUAUAAGUAGUGUGUGUUAUUGUUUUUCGUGAUUGCAUAUAUUGGGUUGAUUGAGUGCGAAGGCUUUAUCCUUCUUUUCGUGUAGACCAGUGAUGCUCACAUUGAAAACCGAUUGAUUUUUCAAUUGGUAGCGGCCAGACAACCGUAGGGAUGUGGUAUCCGCAGAUAACGGGUUUAAUUCAGUCCCGAUUUGUCUACUAACUCCAUCUCACAUAUAUACUGCUUUAUAUCACCACAUAUAGUCUGUUUUUGUUGUUAUUUUUUUUAUUAGUGGAGAGCCUUUAGCUUAUCAAUAUUGGUACUGUUUGUGCCUGUUGCACGUCUUUAAGGGAAGGAACACGGUAUAGUUAUUGGAUCAGGGGAAUGAUAAGUUCUGUUUGGGUGGCCAUGACAUGGAGAUAUCUGAAAUGAGCCAAAGCCAUUUUGGAACUGUAUUAGUGUUAUAUUGUGGUUCUUAAAUGGUUGACUUCAGCCUUCUCUAGGUCAUGGACAUCAUCACAAAUUCAACCUGUUUUAUUCAUAUUUUUGGCGCAUUGAAACUGUUAAUUUGUUUCUCUGUUCAAAAUCACAUGCCUUUUUGUUGUAAUCUAGGAUAUCUGCCAACUUUUUUACUAUGCUUAAAGGGUGAUUCUAGACUGGCCGUGGGAAUUCCCGAGAAAUACUUCAGUGAGGAUCCAAGGGUGGUUGGCUCCGAUCUCACACGGGAUUUUUUCACGGGAAUACCCACUGUGAAGUGGUGUGUGAGUUGAAAGUAACCAAAGUAGUACCAGCAAAGACUAAGCCAUGGAAAGAAGGGGAUUUAUGGCCACUGAAGGGGCGCUCACCAACGAAAUUCGUAUAUCAGUAGAGCAACGCAGUCCGGUUACUGUUAUGAGACAACAGAAAAUGGCAGGAACCACGAUUUGUAUCGACCUUUAUUAGAUGCAGCAAUGGAAAUAAGUGGAGAUCAGUGGGAGAUUUCAUAAAAAGUCACCCCGGUUCAGUGGAAGUUCCCAUCACAGUUUGUGGAAGGACUGCAUUGCAUAUUGCAGCUGGUGCAGGACACUCAGAAUUCGUACUGAUACUGGUCGAACUCAUGUCCAUAGAAGCACUUGAACUGAAAGAUCGAUACGAUGGUAAUACAGAUCUUCAUCUUGCUGUUAUUGCUGGGCUUGAUGAAGCUGUUAAAGCAAUGGUGCAAAAAGAUGAAAACCUAAAAUAUAUAUGUAACAAAAAGGGGUUGAAUCCGCUACUCAAUGCUGCUAUGCAUGUCAAUGUAGAGCAUAGAGAGAUUUUUAGAUACCUAAGCAGUGUUAUGAAAGAUGAAGAUUCAAGUUCCUUUCAAGGUCAUUUGGGAGCUCAUCAUAUAUGCAGUGUAACUCGUGCUGGUUUAUACGAAUUGGCAUAUACUCUAAUCAGUAAACACCCAAGUUUAGCAACUGCUAGAGAGGGCGAUGGCAAAACUAUGCUAGAUGUUCUAGCAGAAAAGGGCUCUGCGAGAAGGCUGGCCUCUGCUCAACAAUCUGCACUGUAUUUCCAAUCAUCACCUACUCAGCAGUACAAAUUUGUCAAUAAGCCAUCUACAUUUCUUGAAAAGCUAUUGUAUCCUGGCCCCAAUUGUCGAGCUCGUCGCAGUGAAAAAUUGAGAUCUUCUGUUAUUCUCCCUGAGUUGGUAAAUCUCAUUUUUGAAGAAAUGUCGCGUAUGGCAAAGGAAGACAUGCAUCGUUUUUUCUUCAAUUCAAAUUUCCUACAAACCGCUGCAGAAAAUGGUGCACUUGAAAUUGUGAAGAAGUGCAUUUCAACUUAUCCGGAUCAGCUUUGGUUUCCUCACAAGGGAAGAAGCAUAUUUCAACUGGCGGCCGAGAACAGACAAGACAAUAUUUUUGAUUUCUUGUACGAUCACAUGAACGCCGAUGAGAAGAUUUUAAUUACUCGCGUAGUGGAUUCAAACGGCGGUAAUAUCUUACAUAUUGCUGCAAAAAUUGCGCCUCCUUUUCGACUAAAACGUAGCCCUGUUAAACAAAUACAAGGGGAGCUUAAAUGGUUUAAGAAAGUGGAGAAGAGGGUACCACCUGCUCUGAGAAAAGUGAGAAAUGAUUGAGGAGAAACUCCUCAGGAGGUUUUCACUCGGGAGCACAAAGAUUUAGUGAAAAAAGCAGAUGCAUACAUGUUACGCGUAGCAGAGUCAUGUCUAAUAGUGGCUGCUCUGGUAGCUGCGGUUGCGUUUGCGGCAGCGUUCACAGUACCUGGUGGAAAUUUCAGUGACAGUGAUGCGACUAACAAAGGAAAGCCAAUAUUCCUGGGAAGGAAGUUGUUCCUCUUAUUCAUGGUGUUAGAUGCUAUUGCUCUGUUUUCUUCUGCUUACUCGAUUCAAGUGUUCUUAUCUGCAUUUGGCAUGACUCAUACGGAAGCGACAUUCGAGUCAAUAAUCCCAAUCAGGCUCAAGUACGGUCUUAUAUCUCUUAGAGUGUCAGUUGUUUGUGUGAUGAUUGUAUUUAGCAUAGCAAUUUCAAUCACACUUGGGAAUAAAUAUGUUUGGGCACCAUAUCUCAUAGGUGUGGUUGCCUGUACUUGUUGCAGUCCUUUUGAAUUUGGAAAAUUCUAAUCAUCAAUUUUAAUGAAUGAUCAAAGUUUAUGUUCAUCUCA